AUGUCUACACAACCGAUCCUUUCUUUAUCCUCCGCUCCUUCUAUUCCAACCAAAAACUUACCACCUCCUUUGAGUGGAUCCCGUGGUCAGAGGAAAGCGAUUGAUACUUCUAAGAGAAACACCCCUCCGAUCACUAACCAAGGAUGUUUAGGAUCUUCAGGACUCCAAGAUCCGACUGCUCCGGUUACUACUGCUGAACUCUUCGCUAUGAUGAGGAAAAUGACGCAACAGAUGACUCAGCAGCAAAAAGACAAUAAAACACUACUUAGAGAAGUGGAGAGGAUGAAUGCAAAAUUUCAGAAAUCCCAAGAAACGAUGCCCACAGUUGUACAACCAAGAAUCCUGAACUUCGACAAUGCAGGAUCCUCAGGAAAUCAACAAGGGAACACAACUUCUGCUACUGUUGCAUCACCAUGGGGGACGGCUAUGAACAAUCGAGCAUAUAUGAUCAAUGAUCUCGAUGAGCCUUUCAAUACUGCUAGAAACCUUGAUUCUAGUAACUUCUUAAACAACAAUACUGGAAUAAGUCCAAACAUGGCUAGGGAACUUCAGCAGUUGAGACAGAUGAUCUCAACCGUACCCGGGGUAGUUCAACCCAUACCAGCAGAAUCUCCAACAAGUCAUAGGAUCUCGAGAUGUGCUCCUGCAAUAUCUGAUACUGAAGUUCCUAAGCGCUUCCAAACUCCUAGCAUGAGGCCUUACCACGGAACUACGGAUCUUGAAGAGCAUGUAGCACAAUACCGAGAAAGGAUGGAGAUCAUUCCCAUCCCAGUGCACUUGACGGAAGCUUGCCUAUGCAAAGGCUUUGUUUCAAACCUCACGGGAUCAGCUCUUAAAUGGCUGUUAAACGUUCAUCCUUAUUUUGUCACUUCAUUUUCACACUUAGUCAAUAUUUUCAAUAACCAGUUUUCUUGUAGCAGAACCUUCGAUAAGAUCACUAGUGAUCUCUAUCGGGUGGUUCAAGAUCCUAAGGAACGACUUAGGGAUUUUGUUAACAGGUUUGGCAGGGAAGCUCUGAGCAUCCCUAACAUUAACAUGGUGACUGUUGUUGAGGCCUUCAAGAUGGGUCUAAGGAAGGACUCACCCUUCUAUGAAGAUCUCGUGAUGACUCCAGGCAAUAGAUUGGACAGAGUUAGGUGCUGA